GAGUGGCAGUUAGUGGAAGUAAGCGAGCUAUGAGCUGGAGCUGGGGCCGGGGCUGAGCAGGUACGGAGUGCCAAGAGGAUCAAACCGGCUACCAUGGAGGACGUGAACUCCAAUGUGAGCGCUGACCAAGAGGUGAGGAAGCUUCAGGAGCUGGUGAAGAAGCUGGAGAAGCAGAACGAGCAGCUCCGCUCCCGCUCCACCCUGCCUCCAAACUCAGCCCGAACUCCCACACUGCCUGCGCCUGCCCAGCACAUCAACACCGCCUCCUCCCUGCUGCUAAACCCGGGCCCUGUGCUCCAAGACAAGGCUGGAGGGAGAGGGGACGGCGCCGCCUGGGAAGAGUUCCUGGAAGCGGUAUCCGAGGAGAGAAGAAGGGAGGUGGACAGUGGGCUCCUGCUGGACCAGGUUGUGCCCUUUCGGCCCGAAGACAUAGACAGAAUGGUGGACUUUGAAGAGGAGGAGAGCUGGUUGUAUACUUCACCAAAGAAAAAGUUAUCCUCAUCAAAAAAACCAGUGAGUCCCCUGGUUUGGUGCCGGCAGGUUUUGGACAGUCCUUCCCCUGAUGUGGAGUGUGCAAAAAAAUCCCUUAUCCACAGACUGGAGCAAACUAUGUCGGCCUUCAAGAGGCAGAGUAUGUACAGCAUUCCUUACAGUUCAUCCAGCUACGCUAGCUCCUACAGUCCCAAUCCUAGUGGAAGUCCAUACAACAGUGGCUUCAGCUCUCCAUCCUCCACUCUAGUGAGGCCUCCAGUAGUGCGGCAGCUGGUUCUGCCGAGCAGCACGGGGCUUUAUAAAAGCUCACCUGACAGAAACCCCACUCCGGUCAGCCCACAGUCCUCAGUAGACAGUGAGCUCAGUACAUCCGAGAUGGACGAAGACUCUGUAGGUUCAAGUUACAAACUAAAUGAUGUCACAGAUGUCCAGAUACUGGCCCGGAUGCAAGAAGACAGUCUUCGACAAGAGUAUGCAGCUUCUGCUUCUCGCCGAAGCUCUGGAUCCUCAUGCCACUCUAUGAGAAGAGGGACAUAUAGUGACCAGGAACUUGACGCUCAGAGCUUAGAAGAUGAUGAAGAAGGAAGUUACCAUUCAGCUCACUUACCUGUGAGCAGAUUCUCACCCUCACCACGUCACUCUCCUCGACCCUCCCCUAGACAAUCUCCCAGAAACUCUCCACGCUCCAGGUCUCCAGCACGCAGCUUGGAUUACAGAGGUGUAUCUCCUCAACCCAUGCUUAGCCGCUUACAGCAGCCCCGCCUUUCACUCCAAGGGCACACCCCAGACCUACAGACAAAUGUGGUAAAAAAUGAAGAGAAAUUGAGAAGGAGUCUUCCAAAUCUCUCCAGGGCGACAGGCGUUCAGACCAUGGAGACUGUAAAAAACAGCAGAAGUUGUGAGUCAAAUCUGCAGGUGCCAAAUGGAGGAUCCUCCCGAGCACUGAACACAUCCAUACCUUCCCCAUGCAAGAUCCGAUCCCCUGCAGCACCCUCUCCGCUAGCGUUACGGCAGCCUAUGAAGGCUUUAUCUAAUCAUGGUUCUCAAAUUGCACAAGAAACAGCCUCUGUUGCACAGAACAUCCCUCCAUCAGGACCACCACCUAGCCAGCACUCUGGCUCUUCAAGUCCCGUUGGACGAGGCAGCACGCCAGUGAGGAGUGGACUGCCCAGACCGAGCACACCUUCAGGAGGAAGUAUACCAGUGCCUCGCAGCAAACUUGCACAGCCUGUCCGCAGAUCAUUGCCAGCCCCCAAGACUUAUGGCACCAUGAAAGAUGACAGCUGGAAGGAAGGCUGCUACUGACCCCCAACAUUUUAAAGCUUGACUGCUCAAUGGAAUCCACGUCCUCUGCACUGUGACCACAGAGCAGCCCAUCCUGAUGGGACAAUUUGGGAUUUUGCUGUUUUAUCCUCUGUCCGUAUCUAGCACAAACGGGAGAGAUUACAAAAAGGAGCACUUUAUUGACACUGACCAUCGCAGGUUUUAGUCAUCUAUCACCCCUUCAUGGUGUUACUCAUAAUUUAUUUUUGCCGCCUGUAAUCUUAACCCUUUAUAAUCCAAAAACACUGCAUU